UUCACACACUGAAAUCUGAUACAUGUGCCUGCAGAUGAACUCUUCUCCUCCUCGUGAGUUUAUCCUGAUCGCUCAGUCCAUGCGAGAGAAUCGGCUGGUAUAAAUGGAGAUAUCUCGCGAGCCGUGCAUGCUUCUGGAUUUCUAGAGCCCAAAGUGAAAGAAUGAUCUUAUUUCACAGCGCCGAUCCUACGCUGGUGCUUUACGUACUUACAAUUUCUUUAUUAUUAAUCUCGUUUGAGAAUAGCUCUAACCGGUUGGACUGAAGUUUUAAAGCAAUGGAUCCGGUAACAAGGUGGACACCAAAACAGGUUGUUGACUGGAUGGGAGGUCUGGAUGACAGUCUACAACAGUAUGUGCACAACUUUGAGAGAGAGAAGAUUAAUGGAGAACAACUACUGAGGAUCUCCCAUCAGGACCUUGAGGAACUGGGUAUUGCCCGCAUUGGCCACCAGGAACUGGUUUUAGAGGCUGUAGAUCUCCUCUGUGCUCUGAACUAUGGUGUAGAGACAGAUAACUUGAAGAACCUGGUGCUAAAGAUGAGAGCUGUGACCAACAGCCUUCACACUGCAACAUCAGAACGAAGGACGAGCCCUACGUAUGAAAGCAACACGUCUAGCAAGCUCCCAAAUGAAUUCCUCUCCUCUGUGGUUGAACUUAUUGGAGCAGCCAAAAGCCUCCUGGCAUGGCUAGACAGAACUCCAUUGACGGGGAUCAGUGAUUUCACCACCACCAAGAACAAAAUCAUUCACUUGUGUCUGGAACUGACCACUACAGUGCAACAGGACUGCACUAUCUAUGACAUGGAAGAGAAGAUUUUGGAUGUUUCAAAGAUAUUGAACAGUAUUUGUGACCAGACUGUGAGAACCACCUCUGAUCCUCUCAUGAGCCAGUCAGCAUGUCUGGAGGAAGUUCAGCUGACCAACAUCAAACCAGGAGAGGGAUUGGGCAUGUACAUAAAAUCCACCUACGAUGGGCUUCAUGUCAUCACUGGCACCACUGAACAUUCCCCAGCAGAUAUGACACGCAAGAUCCAUGCUGGAGAUGAAGUCAUCCAAGUCAAUCAGCAGACAGUGGUGGGUUGGCAGCUGAAGAACCUGGUGGCCAAGCUGAGAGAGGAUCCUAAAAGUGUGGUGCUUCUUUUAAAGAAAAGGCCCACAGGAACCUCAGGAUUUACCCCAGCACCUCUCAAAAACAUGCGCUGGAAACCGCCCGUGCCUCAGAGCUCCACGUCUCCUAGUAAGAGUCAGUCAGACAAUUCUUCCAAACUCUGCAGUAGGAAGGACAAGCCAGCCAUACUGGACCUGUACAUCCCUCCACCUCCAUCAGUGCCUUACACACCACGGGAAGUACGGAACAGCUCAUACACCAGCCUUAAUGACAGACCUAAAGGCUCAGAGUCCCCAAACUCCUUCCUGGACCUAGAGCGCCACCGGCGCUUCACCAUUGCAGACUAUGACAAACUGUCUGUUCAACCACUUGAGGUCAACGUACAGAUGCGUCCAAGAGGAAGAUCCUCAUCACAAGGUAAACCACGACCUCUGUCAAUGCCUUCGGAUACAUGUUUGAGCGUGGCAGACCUUUAUGCAAAGCCUUGGACACAGGGACGGAAAGGUGAAGAUCUUCUGUACAGUUACCUAAGCAAUGAACGCAUACCUACUAUCGCUGAGGAGGCCCCGGGUCCCGGCCCAUCUUACAAGUUCACAGCCGAAAGACCUGCUUAUGAGAUCAACUCCUCAAGGAACAGCCGAUUCCUUGUCAAUGCAGAUCUACACAACAGCGCCACCAUACCUUAUCAAGAGGACUUUCUCAAAAAGACCCCCAUGACAUCCACCCCCAAACGGCCCCCCGCGGAGCCCUCGCUACUGGAUCCUGACUGGACCUCCAACAACGCAUUCAUCAACAGCAGGUACAGCAACGGUGCCAUACGGUCAUGGUCCUUCUCUCAAGCGGCCUCCUUUCCCAUUUCUCUUGCUCCUCGUAUGGCUUCUGAUGAGUACAAUCCGGUGUCCCUCAGACAGAAGUCAAAUAAGAAGAAUUGUGGAGGAAGUCCAAGAAUGAGCAGAAGGAGAGUUUCAGUGAAAGAUCUGAAGCCAGUGGACCAUCAGGGCUGGCUUUAUAGGAAGAAAGAGGGGAAGGGAUUUCUGGGUAUUAAGUGGAAAAAGUAUUGGUUCGUGCUAAAGAGAACCUCUCUGUACUGGUACCCAAAUCAAGUGGCUGAAAAAGCAGAAGGCUUUAUAAAUUUGACAGAUUUUGUCAUUGACAGGGCUACGGAAUGUAAGAAAAAAUAUGCGAUCAAAGCUUGCCAUCCCAAAGUCAUGAUGUUUUACUUUGCAGCAGACAGCAAUGAGGACAUGAACUUAUGGUUGAAUAAACUUGGUUUGGCAUCUAUUCAUUAUGAACCCACAGAGAUACAUACAGCAGAAUGCUACAGUGAGGCCAGUGAUCACGAGGAGUCCACUGACACACCACCACCGCCGUACUCUGAGCACCACACCCAAGCUGUGGCAUGUCUCAAUAGUCCAUCAGCCACUGCACACCAGGCAAGUUCACAGAAGCACAGUGUAUAUGGCCUUGCCCUCAUGCCAAAGGGAAGCCUUCCUCCUCCAUAUUCCUCCCCUGUUCCUAGUGAAGCCACUGGAACCCUCUCCUCCCCCGUCAGUACAAUGACUUCCCACAGCUCUGUCUCUUCUCUGGCAAAGCAUAGACGGUCUUGGCUGGACCUCGUCUCCCAGGCAAACCCUACUGCUGGUGAAACAGUGGUCUGCUCUGCUGUGGUCCAUACAGUGAGCACCACAAUAAAGGAAACCUCUAAAGGUAAUGAAGCCACAGCUCCAUCUCAAGACCCCCUUGGAUGCUCAUCUAGCACAUCACCUAUGGCAAUAUCCGCAGAGCCAGAGGAACCAGAAAUGCAGCUGAUCUCAAGUGACACCAGACCUGAAAUUCUAGAUGGACAGGAAGCAACUGAUGAUGAGAUGGAAAGAUUGUACUUACAUUUGAAAAGAGCAAGUUUGUCUCCAACGGGUGAGCGGAAGCCAUCUUCAAAAUGGGAAUUACGAGCCUCCUUUAUAAAGCGUUGCAAAAACCAGACACUCAAUGAGAAGAUACAUCUCAUCAGAACCCUCAACAGCACUCUAAAGGUUAGAUGUUCAGAUGAACCUAUUCUAACAUAUGAAAACAUUUUGUCUCUCAGUAUUUAUCUCUUUACCAUAACGUGAAAACCAAAUGCACUUACAAGUACUGCUGAUUAAAAAAUAUACCCACUAUAGUUGUCACACUUUCUGUGUUCAAUACCUACCAGCUAAAUAAUGACAAUACCACUCAACUUUUUUGGAUGUCUUGUGUCUUACACAAGAGGCUUAAUGUCAUGACUAUUCUGUUAUUUUGUUAAUUCUUCACAGUUUACAAUACGUUAUCACCGGUGCUUAGUGGGGAAAAAAGUGCUGGUACUCUCUUGUGC